AUGACUCUCUCUUUUCGUACCUGGUUGCCGACGUCUUUGGCUGAAUGUUCCCAAUUAAACGACGACGUCAGUGUCUACCCGGGAUAUGACCUUAUCCGUCUCGAGAGACUGUAUUGUGCUAUGAUUUGCGACUACUAUUUGAUGAAUAGAGGGCCAAUCAAACUACUACUAAAGAUGCUAAAUGUCCCUCUGGGGGACGUCGAAUCAAUUGUGCAGUCAUGCUUAUGCAACGGAGCAUUUGUUGUCAAGCUAGCGGAGCAUCUUAGGUGGUUCAACGUAAAACUUACUCUGGAACAAUUUCUAGCUGAACAGAGACCUUCGGAUUCCAAGAAAUUCCCGUUGUCAAAAUUCUUGCCGUUAUUAAACCCCACCCUCGUGAACUCUCUCACUGCCAACGGGUUCAAGAAAUUAAGCCUUUUGUCGGAGAUUAAUCCCAAAGCGCUUGUACUAUCCCUCAUAGAUCUUGCUUGCAAAGAGUUGGCGCGCUCAAAUUCGUUUGCACACGAUUUUGCAAAACCGGUUUGCGCUGCAUCAGGAUGGAAUACAGAGAAUGAAGACACCGCGUACGAGACAAUUCUGCCUGAGCAGCUACGAAUCGGAGGCAUUCGCCUAGUAGACUUUUUUUCUCGGAAUUCUUCCCGGCAGGUCGAGCGAUUAAUAGAUCAUCAACGAUCCGACGGAUCAGGAGAUCUUGAAGAAGAUAAUGGGGAUGCCCAUGGCCACUCGGUCAAUCCGUUCGAGUUGGCGGCAGCCGUUGCGCGCCAAAUCGUGAUAAUGGCCGCUGUCAGUCGCAAAGGUUAUCGUUCGUGGCAACGCAAGCAUGGUGACAUUGAGGGCCAUGAGGGGUUAGAAGCGGCAAUGGAGAUUUUCUCAAUGAGCAUAAGAAAGAAGAUAGAGAGUAUUUGGCAAGGUCAAUUAGGCAACGCUGUUACGAGUCGCCGCAAAAGGGCUGGGACCUCCGCCGAAGGACCUCAGACGGAUAACAAUCUAGACACCGCUACUACGUCGGGGCUUGAUGCUGGCUUGGACUCCCCAUACCCAGAUAUUCUUUCGCUUCAGGAUUCCGGGGAUCCGGUUCAGGGGAUGCAGGACAUAGCAGACGCGGAUAGCUUGCGCGAGGGUAUUUCGACGGAGGAAAUGACGACACCGGAAAUUGCUAUGGAGUUAACAUACGGUCUGGACUUUUUGUCCAACUCUGUUGAUUUAUCGGAACUUCGCGAGGCUUUGGACUCGAACAACACUUCCCGAUUCUCCUCGGGGCUGCGGGAGAGCCAUGGAGCUCGCAGCGCCGGCUCGGAAUCGGUGAAGCGUGGAAAUCUGGGGUCUAAAACGCCAUUGCAAAAGCGAAAGCGUUUCCAGCAUCCUCCCAGCGCAACCGCCAGCCAGAUGAGCUCAGUUGAUAUGCUAUUCGAUGGCUUGACAAGUCAGCUUGAGCACGAAUUGCUCCCCACCGAGACUGCUCCUGCCACUGCUGCCAAGCCGCGUCGGGAUGGCGCCGCAGGGAAUGCUGCACUUGAGAACAAUCAACCGCAGAACAAGAGAGGCCUAGGGCCGGUCGCGAAGGAGACCUCGAAACGUCCGAGAUUCUCGUCUCAGGGAGCUGGCGAUAGGGCUGAUAAUAGGGCUGACAACAGAGGGUUACCCAAGUCCGACUCGGCCCCGAGGUCCUCUUCGGCCCACUUGAACGCUGACCUGACCCCGAGGCAUCAGAUCAGGGUCUUCGCUACUAUCGCUGGGGUCGGAUGCAUCGAAUUUCCGGACUCUGCUUAG